GCUCCAAAAUCUUGGAAUUAAUCCAGCAAACAUUGGCUUCAGUACCUUAACAAUGGAAUCUGACAAAUUCAUAUGUAUUAGAGAAAAAGUUGGUGAGCAAGCACAGGUUGUGAUCAUAGACAUGAGCGAUCCAACAACUCCUAUCAGGCGCCCAAUUUCUGCAGAAAGUGCCAUCAUGAAUCCUGCUUCUAAAGUUAUUGCUCUGAAAGAUGCGGGGAAAACACUCCAGAUCUUUAACAUUGAGAUGAAAAGUAAAAUGAAAGCACAUACAAUGGCUGAAGAAGUGAUCUUUUGGAAAUGGAUAUCUGUGAAUACAGUUUCCUUAGUGACAGAAACUGCUGUCUAUCACUGGAGUAUGGAAGGAGACUCUCUGCCGCAAAAGAUGUUUGACCGACACGCCAGUCUUGCAGGUUGCCAAAUCAUCAAUUACAGAACAGAUGAAAAUCAAAAGUGGUUACUCCUCAUAGGAAUCUCUGCUCAGCAAAACCGUGUGGUUGGUGCCAUGCAGCUCUAUUCAGUGGAUCGAAAAGUUUCCCAGCCUAUAGAGGGACAUGCGGCAGCUUUUGCAGAGUUCAAGAUAGAAGGAAAUGUUAAACCCUCCACCCUCUUCUGUUUUGCUGUGAGAAGCCCUGCAGGAGGCAAGCUGCAUAUAAUUGAAGUGGGUCAACCUGCAGCUGGAAACCAGCCCUUUGUUAAGAAAGCAGUGGAUGUGUUUUUCCCUCCUGAGGCUCAAACAGAUUUCCCAGUAGCAAUGCAGAUUGGAACAAAGCACGGUGUUAUCUAUCUCAUUACAAAAUAUGGAUAUAUUCAUAUGUAUGACUUGGAAUCCGGAGUGUGCAUCUAUAUGAACCGUAUUAGUGCAGACACUAUCUUUGUUACUGCACCUCAUGAACCUACCUCUGGGAUUAUCGGCGUGAAUAAAAAAGGACAGGUACUUUCUGUUUGUGUGGAAGAAGAUAACAUUGUAAACUAUGCCACUAACGUGCUGCAGAACCCUGACCUUGGUCUCCGCAUGGCUAUUCGGAGUAACCUAGCAGGAGCAGAAGAACUCUUUGCCAGAAAGUUUAAUACUCUUUUUGCACAGGGAAACUAUGCAGAAGCGGCCAAAGUGGCAGCAUCUGCACCAAAGGGAAUCCUACGGACAAGUGAUACCAUCCGGAAGUUCCAGAGCGUACCGGCACAACCUGGUCAGGCCUCUCCCUUGUUACAGUAUUUCGGUAUCCUCCUUGAUCAAGGUCAGCUCAACAAAUUUGAGUCUCUGGAACUCUGCCGUCCAGUGCUUCAGCAAGGGCGCAAGCAGCUCCUGGAAAAAUGGCUGAAAGAGGAUAAACUGGAAUGCUCUGAGGAGCUUGGAGACUUGGUAAAGUCUGCCGACCCAACCCUUGCCCUCAGCGUUUAUCUCCGUGCAAAUGUACCAAACAAAGUCAUCCAGUGUUUUGCGGAAACCGGCCAAUUCCAGAAAAUAGUUCUUUACGCCAAAAAGGUUGGUUAUACCCCAGACUGGAUUUUCUUGUUGAGGAGUGUGAUGAGAGUCAGCCCUGAUCAGGGCCUUCAGUUUGCUCAGAUGUUGGUACAAGAUGAAGAACCUUUGGCUAACAUCAAUCAGAUUGUUGAUGUAUUCAUGGAGAACAGUUUAAUUCAGCAGUGCACUUCCUUCCUGUUGGAUGCCUUGAAAAAUAAUCGUCCUGCUGAGGGUCACCUUCAAACUCGUCUGCUGGAGAUGAACCUCAUUCAUGCUCCACAGGUUGCAGAUGCCAUCCUUGGAAAUCAGAUGUUCACUCACUAUGAUCGUGCCCACAUUGCUCAGCUUUGUGAAAAGGCGGGCUUGUUACAGAGAGCACUGGAGCAUUACACUGACCUUUAUGACAUCAAACGUGCUGUUGUUCACACCCAUCUUUUGAACCCAGAG